CAUAAGCAGGUGUAUACCCCUGUCCUCCUGGUAGUUUAAAAGGAAACCUUCAAACUCCCUUUUUCCCAUCUUUCACCAAAUCAAAAACACCAACAAUAUCUCCGAUAUUCUCUCAAAGUUUAUCCCAUUUUCCCUCUGUUUUCGAUUUUUGUUGCUUACUGGUUCUACUCUUGUUAGGGUUUUUGAUUUUCGAAAAACAAUAUAAAACAGAAAUUACAGAAACAGAGUGAACCACUGAUUUAAUCGUGCGAAAGGAUUAGGGGUGCUGUAUGUCAGCACUAAGAGGAGAAGAAGACUGUACUAGCAUUCAGAGUUACAAUCACAACAACGGAGGGAGAUUUCUUUCAAAUCCAUUACAAUGGCCUCAGCUUCGAAAAAAACGACGUCUAACAACAACUGUUACUCCAUCAUUAAUGGUGUUGGUGCUUCUUCAGCUUUGGAAUUACGUCGUGAAGCUGUUUCUGCUGAGAUCCUACAGGAUUGGACUAUUAAUGAUAACAAGAAGAACAACAACGAUGAUUAUGAAAAACAACAGAAUAAGAAGAUAGUUGCAUCAACUACUAAUUUGACUGAUCCUUCAACUACCAAUCCUUCUUCCAAAGGUAUCCAGAUUAUGUUAAGGGCUCAAAGCAGCCACCCUUUGGACCCUUUAUCAGCUGCCGAAAUCUCAGUUGCUGUGGGGACAGUCAGAGCUGCUGGAGCCACUCCAGAGGUGAGGGAUAGUAUGCGGUUUAUCGAAGUGGUUUUGUUGGAGCCGGAUAAAAAUAUUGUUGCAUUGGCAGAUGCAUAUUUUUUUCCACCUUUCCAGCCAUCACUACUUCCUAAAUCAAAAGGUGGCGCGUUCAUUCCUAGCAAACUUCCUGCAAGACGAUCUAGACUUGUGGUGUAUAACAAACGAUCAAAUGAGACCAGUGUUUGGAUUGUUGAAUUGACUGAAGUACACGCCGUGACUCGUGGUGGUCCAAAUAGGGGAAAGGUUGUUUCAUCACAAGUUAUACCCGACGUUCAGCCUCCCAUGGAUGCCAUGGAAUAUGCUGAGUGUGAAGCUGUGGUGAAAGACUUCGCACCAUUUCAGGAUGCAAUGAAGAAGAGGGGAAUUGAGGAUAUGGAUCUUGUCAUGGUUGAUCCCUGGUGUGUAGGCUACUACAGCGAUGGAGAUGCUCCUAGCCGCAGGCUUGCUAAACCACUCAUAUUCUGUAGAACGGAGAGUGACUGCCCUAUGGAGAAUGGUUAUGCGCGACCAGUCGAAGGCAUUUAUGUUCUGGUUGAUAUGCAAAAUAUGGUGGUAAUUGAAUUUGAGGACCGUAAACUUGUUCCUCUUCCUCCAGCUGAUCCGUUAAGAAACUACACUGCCGGUGAAACACGAGGAGGUGUUGAUCGUAGCGAUGUGAAGCCCCUACAGAUUAUUCAGCCAGAAGGACCAAGCUUUCGUGUUAAUGGACAGUUUGUGGAAUGGCAAAAAUGGAACUUUCGGGUUGGUUUCACUCCCAGAGAGGGUUUGGUUAUAUAUUCCGUUGCAUAUACUGAUGGUAGUGGGGGUCGGAGACCUGUAGCUCACAGGCUGAGUUUUGUUGAGAUGGUGGUCCCAUAUGGUGAUCCAAAUGAGCCACAUUACAGGAAAAAUGCAUUUGAUGCAGGAGAAGAUGGCCUGGGUAAAAAUGCACAUUCUCUGAAAAAGGGGUGUGAUUGUUUGGGUUACAUCAAGUAUUUUGAUGCCCAUUUUACAAAUUUCACCGGGGGAGUAGAAACGAUUGAAAAUUGUGUGUGCUUACAUGAGGAGGACCAUGGUAUACUGUGGAAACAUCAAGAUUGGAGGUCUGGCUUAGCAGAAGUUAGAAGGUCUAGAAGGCUCACAGUAUCCUUUUUUUGCACUGUGGCUAAUUAUGAGUAUGGAUUCUUCUGGCACUUCUAUCAGGAUGGGAAAAUAGAAGCUGAGGUUAAGCUAACUGGAAUUCUCAGCUUAGGAGCAAUACAACCAGGUGAAUCCAGGAAAUACGGUACAACUAUAGCUCCCGGAUUGUAUGCACCAGUGCAUCAACACUUCUUUGUUUCUCGUAUGGAUAUGGCUGUGGACUGUAAGCCUGGUGAAGCUUUCAAUCAGGUAGUUGAGGUGGAUGUGAAAGUCGAAGAACCUGGGAAGAACAAUAUUCAUAACAAUGCUUUCUACGCUGAAGAAACACUGCUCAAGUCUGAGAUGCAAGCCAUGCGUGACUGCAAUCCUUUAUCAGCUCGUCAUUGGAUUAUCAAGAACACAAGAAAUGUCAAUCGCACAGGGCAAUUAACAGGCUAUAAGCUAAUGCCUGGUUCAAACUGUUCUCUUUUCGCAGGCCCCGAGGCAAAAUUUAUGAGAAGAGCUGCUUUCCUUAAACACAAUCUUUGGGUUACACAAUAUGCCCAUGAUGAGAUGUAUCCAGGAGGCGAGUUUCCAAAUCAAAAUCCACGUGACAGUGAGGGUUUGACUACAUGGGUCAAGCAGAAUCGCUCUCUUGAAGAAACAAAUAUAGUUCUCUGGUAUGUAUUUGGAAUCACUCACGUUCCUCGAUUGGAAGACUGGCCUGUGAUGCCGGUGGAGCAUAUUGGUUUUACACUUGUGCCACAUGGGUUCUUUAAUUGCUCUCCUGCUGUGGAUGUCCCACCAAGUAUUGGUGCUAGCGAGUUAGACCUGAAGGAAAUCGGAGUCUCCAAACCUAUUCAGAACGGACUGCUAUCGAAGCUUUAGAAGAAGAAUCUGCAACUCUGAAAACAACCUUGUGUUUCAAUUUUUUUUUUCUUCACCUAGUUUUUAGGAAAUGUUUAUGCAAUAAUUAUGGUCUCAUAAACUGGUACUCAUUAGCUCCAUCGUCGACCCUGUUUAGUUGCUGGUUUGUGCACAUAUGAUAAUUUUGCUUUUCCAUUGGUUGCUUGCUGAAAUUGAAAGGACAUGACUUUGCAGCUUAAUAACAGAUUACAGAUUAUGUACUC